CACAGGCGAAAGACAUUUUUACCCUUUAGCAAAAUUUCAAAAAAAAAAAGUUCUCUCAACUCAUUCGAACACACUCGAACAACUACGUAAAAAGUCGAGUAAAAUGACGGAUAACGAGUAUAAUUCGUCGGGAAACGAGUACCGACAGUCGGAAACAAGUUUUCCCGGCUUUUCCGAGGUUGAUUUAGAAGAUUAUGGCGGUGAUGGAAUUGAUUACAGCGAUUGGUUUAAGCUAGAUCAUGGGUUUGAUAGUGAUGUUGAAGCAAUUACUUGGGCUAAGAGUACUGCUAUAAAGAUUGGAUUUGAAUUAGUCAUUUCGUCACAUAAGAACGAGGGGAAAAAGAAGCUUCUACGAUGUGCUCGGGGUGAGCGUUACAGAGGUUCAUUCACAGAUUCUGAUUCCUUCGUACGGAAAAAUACGAAGACAAAAGCGUGUAAGUGCAAAUUUAAAAUUAUUGUCAAAUUAGGAAAGACUGCAUGGUUUAUACUUACAGAUCCUGGUAUUUCGAGUACACACAACCAUGCUCUAGCUGUGUAUCCUGAAGGAUACCGUCAGAUGAGUGGGCUGAGUGGCGAGGCGAAAGAAAUUGUGCGAGAUAUGAGUGCGGCACAAGCGAAGCCGUGUUCUAUCAUGGCAGCUUUAAAAGAAAAAGUACCAUCUGACAACCCUACAAUAAAGCAAGUGUACAACUAUAGAGAGACUUUGAGAAAGUCUAGCUUUGAGGGUAGAGAUGUGGUUGAGCAAUUUUAUCACAUGGCUCAACAAAAUGAUUAUGUACACUGGACUCUUGCUGAGGAGGAUACAGGUGUGUUGACCCAUAUUUUCAUGGCUCAUCCUGAUUCAGUGAGACUACUUCGUACGUACUACUGGAUCAUCGGCAUGGACUCCACGUACAAGACGAACAAGUACAAGCUGCCUUUUUUUGAGAUUAUUGGAAUGACUCCUUGCAACAAGAACUUCAUAAUUGCAUAUGCAAUUAUGAAGGAUGAGACUGAAGGGAGUUACAGAUGGGUAUUGGAGAGACUGAGGUGCUUGAUUGGGGAACAUAUUCAUCCGAGCGCUAUUCUUACUGAUCGAGAAUUGGGGCUUAUGAGACCAGUGUCAGAGGUUUUCCCACGUUCUUCUCAUCUACUAUGUACGUGGCACAUAAAUAAGGACGUAGAAGAUAGAGUGUACAGAAUUAGUGGGAAAAACCAAGAGUUUGCUGAAAUUUUCAAGAAUAGUACAUGGAAGAAAAUUAUCAGAGCGCCAAGUUUUGAUCAAUAUAACAUAGCUGUGGAGCACUUCAGAGAUCGGUUUAAAGGUUUUCCAGGGUUGAUACAGUACAUUGAGGGGACUUGGCUGGGACACAGAGAGAAGUUCGUAUCUUGCUGGACGGACUUAGUCCUACAUUUUGGAAACACCACCACAUGUAGAGUCGAGAGCGCACAUGCUCAGCUUAAGCAGUGGCUCAACUCUAGCACCGGUGCUCUGGACACAGUCUGGACGAAUGUCGACAAAGUUAUACAGUCGCAGCUGAUAGAUAUCCGCAAAACACUUGAGGACUCCAGACGGACUAUUGGCGUACAUCGACGCGGUUUUCCAUUUGACAAGCUCUCAUGCAGAGUGUCACAUUACUGUCUGGAUUUAAUAUCGAAAGAACUAAGGCGUAUGCGAGAAUUGAGUACCGAUGUCUACGAUCGAUGUGGUUGUGUGGUUAGAUCAACACAUCAGAUCCCCUGUGCAUGUGAGCUGCGAGCGGUGGUCGAUUCAGGUAUCACGCACCACUUUCAUUGA